AUGAUGACCACCACCACGACCUGGACACUAGACAACACCAUCGGUGCUCUUCAAAUAGGCGUUAUUUUUGCCAUCUUUCUGUUCGGAAUCAUUACCCUACAAACUUAUCUCUACUUUAGACGGUUUUCGGCUUCAGAUCCAUGGAUGUUGAAGGCUUUGGUUGGGGUUGUAUGGAUCCUGGAGCUUCUACAUACAAUAGGAAUCUGCUACGAACUUUACCACUCAACGAUCACGCUCUUCGGCCAACCCCAAAGGUUGUUUAGAUUUCCGAUCCUUGGUGGCAUUACACUUGUUGGAGGAUUGAUCACACUCAUCACGCAGUGUUUCUUCUCUUUGCGCGUCUGGCGAGCACUUCCGAACCCCUACAGUUACAUUGGCGUUUUCUGCAUGGCCAUAGCCGUCGCUCACUGGGUGGGCAGCAUUGUCCUCUCAGCCAGGCUUUUAAUAGCGCCAACAAUGGGGGCAUUCAAGUGGUACUGGCUCGUGACCUGCUUGCUCGUUGCCUCCGUGGUGGUCGACCUCAUCAUUACUGUCUCUAUGUUGUAUUAUCUCAUUAACCAAAGAAAGAAUGCACUGAAGAGAGUGGCACGGCUGCUCGAUCAGCUUGUGGCGUAUACUAUCAUCAUCGAUAAUAGGGACAGGGGUCCUCACGAGCAUCAUAGCGCUUGGCGUGGCAAUUUGUUUCCAAGUCAUGUCGUCCAACCGUAUGUGAUUGCCGAACACUCUCAAAGACAGAUUUUUACUUUGCACGUCUUGCGCCUAAUGGUUCUAGUCAUUUGGCUUGCGUUGUAUACUUUUCUUGCGAAAUUAUAUUCAAACAGUCUCCUAUCAGCGUCCGUCGUCUCAACAGUUGAUGGAAACCUUCCUUUUCAACUUAAUUUGACGAUAGACUCAAUGAGCGCCAACAUUUGCGCAGGAGGAUGGUCCAUGGAUCCUCUUUCAACUUCAAGACCGAAACUGGAGCCACUAGAGGUCACCGGCCAAGAUGUAGGGUGUCAUCCCGUGUCAUCGAUAUAA